AUGGCCGGGACUCGUUUACAUGUAUACUUUGCCGUUGUUCAAGCUAUCGUCAUACUCCCCAAGCCCGUGUCUCUACAUUACAUCAACAACCAACCACCAGCCCACACCAUCGCCCUCACCGUAUCCCAGCCGCUUAGGAAAGCACAGCAACAAAAAUUCAAAUCGCUCGCCACAGAAUCAAGAGUAAUAGCAAUGGGCUGGGCUAAAAAACAUGAUUCACACUCCAUGACCUCUGAUUGGACUUUACAGGAUAAGAGUCAGUGGAAUUUAUACCAAUUACUCAUUGACUGGAAUAGAUUCUACCCCAUCAUCCCAUGGAAAGCCCUUCCCGUUCACUUGAAAACCGACAAAAUGCCUUACAUGGCCCCGCUAUCUCAACAUUUAUUCAUCAUCUUCUAUGCUACUGUGCCAUUGGCUCUACAUCAAGCAUAUUCUAGCCUGACGGGACACACGGUUGGAAGCUUCAUGUCAUUUCUCCUCUAUGGUUGGGCCCAUCUCAUUACUUCUGUUCGAGAAAUGCUCUUACUACGCCGUCUUAUACACAAACAUGGCUGCUUGGAUGGAGAUGUACACCAUCGCGAUGGAAUCCCCAAUACAGGCGCAAGAAAAGUACUCGUCGGCCCGCCCAAGACAGCAUUCUUUCGCCUCGCACUUGCAGUCUCUCUCACAUAUGACUCGCAUACCUCCCCACUAGAUGCCAUGACUGAUAUAUCUUGUUGGCCUGUUUCCUUUCUCAAACUGUGCCUUUACGGCAUCACUCUUGACUUUUGGUUCUACAUAUAUCACCGCGCCUGUCACGAGAUUCCAUUCAUGUGGAAGUAUCACCGCACCCACCACCUGAGUAAGCACCCUACUGCUGCCAUGGCUGCGUGGGCCGACGACGAACAAGAGGUCACUGAAAUGGUUCUUAUUCCUCUCUUUACAUUCGCCACCUUUUGGAGUGUUGGCCUUGAACUCGGAUUCUAUGAGUGGUGGAUCUGCUCCGAGUAUAUCGUGUUUUCGGAAGUCAUCGGACACAGCGGCAUUCGCGUUCACGUCAUUGUACCGUCGCCCAUAUCAUGGCUACUAUGUCUUUGUGACGCCGAGUUGGCGAUAGAAGAUCAUGACUUGCAUCAUCGAUUUGGGUGGAGGAAGAGUUUCAACUACGGCAAACAGACGGCAUUGUGGGACAAAAUAUUUUCCAGUAAAUCUCCCAGACUGGAGUCAAGGGAAAGCAAUGUUGACUAUGAGGACAUUGUUUGGAUGCCAAUAUUCUAG